AUGAAGCGAUUAGACAGAAUAGAACCGUCACCAGGCCCAUCUCAUGGCCGACAAAGGAGUUCUAGCAGUCGACGAAGAACUUCAUCGACAAGUACAUUAAAUUUUAUUGAUACUAUGGCCGGAAAACAAAUUGCCAAUGCGAAAGUAAAGCAUUUUAUUGUCCGAAAUUUUCGAAAGAAAGAAUGUAAUAAAUUUAUUAAGGGUAAAAACUGGAAAAAUGAUCCAUCUGAUAUUAAACGCUGCUCCUGUGGAAGAGUUGAAUCGUGGCAUGGAACAGAACAUAUGCAGGAAAGUGUUCUAUCCGAAGAAAGAUGGAAUUCAAAAUUUCAUACAGUGCCAAAACCAACCGAUGCUUAUGGCGAAAUUGAUUUCUUUGCCAAUAGUCAACAGCGAAUGGAACGUGCAAAAUUUAUUAGAGUUAAAGAUGAUACCGAUCCGACCAUGAUACUAAGACUAUUGCAAGAUUACUGGGGUUUACGCAAACCAAAUCUUGUCAUUUCUGUUACUGGUGGAGCGCAGAAAUUUAAAUUAGUGCCCAAAAUAAGGGAAGUUUUCCGACGGGGUUUAAUGAAAGCCGCUCAAUCUACUGGCGCUUAUAUUAUUUCUGGUGGUAGCCAUUCUGGUGUUAUGAAAUAUGUUGGCCAAGCCGUGCGUGAUAGCUCACUUAUUCGGUCUGGCGAAGGAGGAGAAAAUUUAGUUGCUAUAGGCAUUGCAACUUGGGGAACUGUAUUAGGAAAGCAUGAGCUUGUUGAUGCAGAGGGAUCAUUUCCAGUCCGCUAUCGAUCUCAAUUUCGUAGUGGAGAAAUUGGAGCACCGCUGGAUCCAAAUCAUACCCAUUUCAUCUUAGUCGAUGACGGCACCGUAGGUCGAUUUGGUGCUGAAAUUGGGCUCCGCUCCAAGCUUGAACAAACCAUUUCUGAGCAGAAAAUGCACACCUAUAAAUUUGUUGGCAAUCACGGAUUCAGAAUACCAGUCGUCUGUGUAGUUUUGGAAGGUGGACCAAAUACUAUGGCGACAGUCCAUGCUGCUAUCGAGCAGAAUACACCUGGUGUUGUGGUUGCAGGCAGUGGUCGAGCUGCCAACAUCUUAGCUUAUGCCUAUAAUCAUACCUAUGCUGUGGUAGAAAAGAAUAUUAACAACGAAGAGGUUGAAAAUCACUAUUUAAUACCGGAAUUUGAAGAUGAAGUGGUAGAGAAAAUAUAUCAGGAGUUUAAUUGGACUCAAGAAAAAAAUGAAGUUGCUUGUAUGAAUUGUCUACGACAAGUUAAGCAAUGCCUACAAAAAAAAUCCAUGUUGACUAUUUAUCACGCGGAAGAUGGAGAUCUUGAUGCAGCAAUCUUGGAAGCUCUAAUGAAAGCUAAUCCAUCCUCCCAAAAGACUCAGUUAAAUUUAGCUUUAACAUGGAAUAAAAUAGAUAUUGCUAGAGAUAGAAUAUUCUGUGGUAAAAAAUGGAAGUCUAAAGAUUUAGAAACUGCCAUGAUGACCGCUUUAGUCGAUAAUCGCGUUGAUUUUGUAAAGCUAUUCAUUGGACAUGGCUUGGACUUGAACGAAUUCUUGACAAAGAAGCGACUUGAAGAAUUGUAUCAAUCGUUUCCGAAAUUCUCCUUAUUUAAUCAGCUUCUCAACGAGUAUAGACGCAAUCAUAAGAAUGAUCAGCAAAUCUGCUUGUAUGCUGUGGGUAAAGUAAUUGGUAAUCUUAUUGGUGGAGGAUUCACAAAUCCUUACGUAUUUUAUGAAGAAGAAUAUAAUGAGCAAACAGUAACUGGAAAAGAUGAAGCAGAUUGCGAUGUCCAAGUCUAUGACUCUGAUAGCUCGGACGAAGAUGAUGACAAAAGGGCAAACAGAGAAUUUGAAGAUCCAUACCAACAUAUUUUUAUAUGGGCAGUAUUAAGAAAUCGACCUGAAAUGGCAUUCUAUCUAUGGCAAAAGCUUCAUAACCCUAUUGCUGCAGCUCUUGUUGCCUAUACAUUAUUCGAUAGAAUGGCUGCUUCAGCUGAAAAUGUUUCAUCCAGCGACGUAGCAGCAGAUUUAUCACAAACUGCAAACGAGUUUGAAGAAUUAUCUAUUGGUGUUAUGAAUGAAUGUUAUAAUACCAACGAAGAAAACGCAAUGUUAUUAUUAACAAAGAUUUUACCAAGAUGGGGCGAUACAACUUGUUUAGCUCUAGCCGAUAAUGCACACAGUGAGAUUUUUAUUGCUCAUCGCUGUUGUCAAGCUCUACUCAAUAACUUAUGGAAUGGUGAUAUAGAAGGAGAUACGGCAUCGUGGAUAGUAACAAUUACUACUUGCUUACCAGUGAUUCUUUUAUCAACUAAUUAUGUUCGAUUUCGGUCCAAUAUCGAUCAUAAACCGAAAAGUAUACGACUAGCCGCAAAACCAAACCCGAAUGAAGCUCAGAAUCCUACCGAUGUAGAAUUAGUUGCAGCUGAAUUAGCAGAUCAAGAGAUUAGCGACAGCGCAGAACAACAGGCUCAAGCUGUGAUUGUUACUCGAGGCUCAAGUUCAAAGGGCCAAUUAUGCAAUUUUAAACGCAUUCCGGCAUUCUACAAGUCACCAAGAACUAAAUUUACAAUAAAUUCUAUUUCCUUCUUUUCCUUCAUCAUUCUCUAUGCAUACAUGAUUUUAUCCGACUUUCGUUCACCUUAUCCUGGUGCUGCUGAAUAUAUUUUAAUUGUAUGGACUUUUAGUCUAUUUGUGGAAGAACUAAGACAGCUCAUCCGAUCAGAAGCUGAAACAUUUUCUAAAAAGUUAGCAAGUUACUUAUCGGAUUUAUGGAAUAUUGCCGAUGUGGUAGCUUUGGCUUUCGUUAUUACGGCUAUAGUUUUGCGCUUCUUCGAGCAAACUCGAGAAACUGGGCGAAUAAUUUACUGUCUUGGCUUUAUAAUUUACUGUUUACGUGUGCUACAAAUCUAUUCCGUUAGUAUCCAUUUUGGGCCUUUAUUAGUGAUGAUUAAGAAAAUGUUAAGCGAUUUGGUCUUCUUCGUGGUUAUUUUGGGCGUCUUUUUGGUAGCAUAUGGUGUAUCAAGUCACGCUAUACUUCAUCCUAAUUAUCCUUUUAAUGCUACUAUAAUUCAGAAAAUAUUCUAUAUACCCUAUUUUAAUAUCUAUGGUGAACUAUUCUUGGCUGAAAUUCAAGGUCAAAACUGCCCACCAGGACAAAAUUAUACUACUGAUCCAACGAACUGUGUGGCAAAUAACUGGCUUGUACCUGUCUUGUUCUCUUUAUAUCUCUUAAUUACCAACAUUUUGCUGAUUAAUUUACUUAUUGCUAUGUUCAACAAUACAUUUUCAUUGGUACAAGAACGCUCAGAUUUAGUGUGGAAAUUUCAGCGAUACGAUUUAAUCCGUGAAUAUCUAGAACGCCCAGCUUUACCACCUCCAUUCAUUUUAAUCAGUCAUCUAAAUCUAGUUAUUAAAUCAUUACGAAAGAAUUGUAAAAGCCAUCGAUAUCCUGUGGAGAAAAACUCUCUAAAAGUCAAAAUGACUAGUCGUAGAUUAGAUCAGCAACUAGAAUUAUGGGAAUUUGAGGCUGCAGAUGCGUAUUGGUUGCAAGCUGAAAGUAAAAAGUCCGAUAGUAUAGAAUCUCGUGUUCGUAAUUCAGGAGAAAGAUUGGAACACAUGGCAGCCAUUAUAGCUGCAAAAGGUGUUGGUAGUAAAGAUAGUCGAUUACGUCCUGUAACAGCAAUGCCCGAUGAAAAUUCCUCUAUGGAACGAAUUGAGCGUCGCUUAGCUGAUCUAGAUGAAAGGACAAUGGAGAUGUUUGAUGCCAUUUUGGAGCAUUUAGAUGCUAAAGAAGGCCUAUCUAGCGACAGAAAGCGUCGUUUAAGCCAAUUUCGAUCACUGCCUAUCCCACCACCAAGUGUAACAACGUUGAAAUUGACUGAUUCUGUCCCCAUUGAAAAUGAAGUUGGACGCUAUGGCCAUUCGGUACAUAAAAAAGCGAGGAAAUCGCCCUAUCCAGGGACAGCUAUUCAACGAUUUCCUGUUCCUGAUAAUGCCGUUAAUUGGGAGAUUCCAUUUCCCGACUAUGAACCUGUGGUUCAUACGGAUGAUGUUGUAUUAGCUGGCCCAAUAUGGGCUGAUCCAGAUAUUUUAACAUUGGGACCACAUCAUCCCGACAGCAUUAAAAUUUUGUAUAAUUGCCUUGAUCCGGCUUAUAAUGUCAAUCGGGUUAGCUACGAAGGAGAUUAUAUGGUUGUCGAUGGAUUUCCAUUAAAUCCUGAAGGCCGUACUGGUGUAAAGGGAAGAGGUCUUCUCGGUCGAUGGGGACCUAAUCAUGCUGCAGAUCCUAUUGUAACACGAUGGAAGCGUAAUGUUCGAGGAAUUGUGAUAGAAAAUGAUAAGAAAGUUUUGGAAUUUGUAGCUAUCCAACGGCGUGAUAACCACCAAUGGGCUAUACCAGGGGGAAUGGUUGAACCUGGUGAGACUAUAAGUCAAACAUUGAAAGCUGAAUUUAGUGAAGAAGCCUUAGGAAAGUUGGAAAAAACUCCUGAAGAGAGUGAACAAAUUAAAAAGCAUAUGGAUCAAAUAUUUCAAGAUGGACAUGUGGUCUAUAAAGGUUACGUUGAUGAUCCUCGUAAUACAGAUCAUGCUUGGAUGGAAACGAUUGCUGUAAACUUUCAUGAUAACGAUGGUAGCGUAUUUAAUAAUUUUGAACUGCAGGCGGGUGAUGAUGCUUGUGCAGUAAGAUGGCAACGGGUUAGUUCCAAAGUCCCGCUAUUUGCUAGUCAUUCGAACAUAUUAAAACAAGUUGCCAAGCUUCACGAAGCAGAUUUUUAA